AUGGAGACUCUAACUCCCGGAACAGGAAGUACCAGAGAUGACACUUCUAUCUCUCAGGCCAGCAUAGAUGGAUCCAACUCUGUCAAUGAUGAGUUAAACUCUGUACUAAAUGAAAACAAAUUUGCCGUAGAAGAGGUUGAUGCAAGAAUUGGGUCAUUUGGAAAUGAAGAAAAUUAUGCUCCUAUUGCUCUUUCCUUUUUACACUCAAUAUCUUCAAACAUAUAUCAAAUUCAGGAGAAAGAAAUCGUUGAUGAAGUAACUGUAAGGACUUCAGAAGUGGAAUAUCUUGAACAAGAAUUGGAACUGAUGAAAGCAGCACCUGAAAUGGCAUUUGAUAAUCAACAGUCUAUUGAAUUCUACCUUGACAAGUUGACUAAACAAGUAGAAGCUAAAAGAGAUUACCUUUCGACUUUGGAAUCAGAAUGGGAUGCUAUAAGAAGACCCUUGGAACAAAGAAAGAGAACUCUUGAGGAAUCUCUAUAUUCAAAAAUUCCAGAUACACAGGUAAUGCUCCAAAAGUUGAGAGAAGUGCAACAGGAAGAAGAGUUCAUUUCAUCUGAAAUUAGAAAGAGGUCCUUUCAAUUUUGAAGCAGCAAAGACUAAGGGAAGCCUGCCAACUCUGCAUCUCAAUCCAUACAGCUGGACCAAGGUAUCAAUUUUCUUGAACUUUGUCAAAUUUUGAAAGGGAAACACGAUUUGUUCUUGUAUAUAUGUUGUUUUGUGAUUCUGAUUUUCUGUGUUAUUUAUGAUUCUGAUUUUGCAU